GCCUCCAUCCAAUAGCAGGAGUCCGCAUGCAGCUCCGCGGUCAGUGAGAGGGGCAGCAGAGAGCCGCUUUCAUAAAACCACCGGGAGCACCGACCGGAGUCACACAGCGCUGCGCCGCGGUGAGACGGGCUGCGGUAACGGACACACCGGCUGGACAGGAACGAAUGUAGUCACCGACACCGGACUCUGUCGCAGACUCGUUCAUAACCGGACUCGAGCGGACGCUCCUGCUGACCUCCACCCGGACAGGAGAGGAGUUCAUCUCACCUGUGCUCAGGCAUCGGUAGUUGUCGCCGGGUCUCCCUCGCGCUGUGAUCGGGGCGGUGCAGCCGUCAGGAACGUCCGCCAUGGAGAACGCGCACACGAAGAGUGUGGAAGAAGUUUACGGCUUUUUCUGCGUCAACGAGUGCACGGGACUGUCUGUGGAGGAGGUGAAGCGGCAGCGGGAGAAAUGGGGCCUGAACGAGUUACCAGCAGAGGAAGGGAAAUCUUUAUGGGAGCUGGUCCUCGAACAGUUUGAAGACUUGCUUGUUCGGAUCCUUCUUCUGGCUGCCUGCAUAUCCUUUGUCCUGGCCUGGUUUGAGGAGGGAGAAGAAACAAUCACAGCGUUCGUGGAGCCUUUUGUAAUUUUACUCAUUCUAAUAGCCAAUGCCAUCGUUGGAGUGUGGCAGGAGCGUAACGCAGAGGACGCCAUCGAAGCGCUAAAGGAGUACGAGCCUGAGAUGGGAAAAGUUUACCGGCAGGACCGAAAAACUGUACAGAGGAUCAAGGCCAGAGACAUUGUCCCAGGAGACAUCGUGGAGGUGGCUGUUGGAGACAAAGUUCCUGCAGACAUCCGCAUCUGUUCCAUCAAAUCAACCACUCUGAGGGUGGACCAGUCCAUUCUCACAGGUGAGUCCAUCUCUGUCAUCAAACACACCGACCCCGUCCCUGACCCCCGGGCCGUCAAUCAGGACAAGAAGAACAUGAUCUUUUCUGGCACCAACAUUGCAGCUGGGAAGGCUGUGGGUGUUGUUGUAGCUACUGGUGUUAACACCGAGAUCGGUAAGAUCCGAGACGAGAUGGCAGCCACCGAGCAGGAGAAGACGCCUCUGCAGCAGAAGCUGGAUGAGUUUGGUCAGCAGCUGUCUAAAGUUAUCUCCCUCAUCUGCAUCGCUGUGUGGAUCAUCAACAUCGGACACUUCAACGACCCGGUCCACGGAGGCUCCUGGAUCCGUGGCGCCGUCUACUAUUUUAAGAUAGCAGUGGCGUUGGCUGUUGCUGCCAUCCCUGAAGGUCUUCCUGCUGUGAUCACCACCUGUCUGGCCCUGGGAACUCGCCGGAUGGCGAAGAAGAACGCCAUAGUCCGCAGCCUGCCCUCUGUGGAGACGCUGGGCUGCACCUCGGUCAUCUGCUCAGACAAAACCGGCACUCUGACCACCAACCAGAUGUCUGUCUGCAGAAUGUUCAUCGUCAGCAGGGCAGAAGGAGAAAGCUGCGGUCUGUCAGAGUUCACAAUCACUGGUUCCACCUACGCACCGGAGGGAGAAGUUUACCAGGAUGGAAAGCCAGUGAAGUGCUCCCAGUAUGAGGCUCUGGUAGAACUGGCCACCAUCUGCGCCCUGUGUAACGACUCGUCUCUGGACUUCAACGAGGUGAAGGGUGUGUAUGAGAAGGUCGGUGAGGCCACGGAGACGGCGCUGACCUGUCUAGUGGAGAAGAUGAACGCCUUUGACACCGAUGUCCAGAACCUGUCCAAGAUCGACAGAGCCAACGCUUGCAACUCUGUGAUCAAACAACUGAUGAGGAAGGAGUGCACCCUCGAGUUCUCCAGGGACAGGAAGUCCAUGUCUGUCUACUGCACCCCCAACAAGUCCCGUUCGUCCUCGGGGAAAAUGUUCGUUAAGGGAGCCCCAGAAGGAGUUAUUGACAGAUGCACUCAUAUCAGAGUGGGCAAAAGCAAAAUUCCCCUAAGCCCGGGCAUCAAGGACAAGAUCAUGUCCGUGAUUCGUGAGUAUGGGACGGGUCGUGACACCCUGAGGUGCUUGGCUCUGGCCACACGUGACAGCCCUCCUAAAAUAGACGACAUGAUCCUGUCUGACACGGCCAAGUUCUCAGAGUAUGAGUCUGACCUCACCUUCGUCGGCUGUGUUGGCAUGCUGGACCCGCCCAGACAGGAGGUGGCCGCCUCCAUCAAGCUGUGCCGCCAGGCUGGCAUUCGUGUCAUCAUGAUCACAGGGGACAACAAGGGCACAGCCGUGGCCAUCUGUCGCCGCAUUGGUAUCCUAAGUGAGGACGAUGAUGUUGAGCACAUGGCCUUCACUGGACGGGAGUUUGAUGAGCUGUCAGCGCACGCCCAGAAAGAAGCCGUGACCCAAGCGCGUUGUUUCGCACGGGUUGAACCCUCUCACAAGUCCAAGAUCGUUGAGUUCCUGCAGGGAUUUGAUGAAAUUACAGCCAUGACUGGAGACGGAGUGAACGACGCCCCGGCUCUGAAGAAGGCUGAGAUCGGCAUUGCCAUGGGUUCAGGCACCGCCGUGGCUAAGUCAGCUUCAGAGAUGGUCCUCGCUGAUGACAAUUUCUCCUCCAUAGUGGCUGCUGUGGAAGAGGGCAGAGCUAUCUACAAUAAUAUGAAGCAGUUCAUCAGAUACCUCAUCUCCUCUAAUGUGGGUGAGGUUGUCUGCAUCUUCCUUACUGCAGCGUUGGGCUUCCCAGAGGCACUGAUCCCAGUUCAGCUGCUCUGGGUCAAUCUGGUGACGGAUGGGCUUCCUGCUACCGCCCUCGGCUUCAACCCUCCAGACCUGGACAUCAUGGAAAAGCCUCCUCGCAACGCCAAGGAGCCCCUGAUUUCUGGUUGGCUGUUCUUCAGAUACCUGGCCAUCGGAGGUUACGUAGGAGCAGCCACGGUGGGAGCAGCAGCCUGGUGGUUCAUCGUCUCUGAGGAUGGACCACAGCUCACUCUGUACCAGCUGAGCCACUUCCUCCAGUGUGGCCCAGACAACCCAGAAUUUGAAGGCUUGGACUGUCACGUGUUCGAGUCGCCCUACCCAAUGACCAUGGCUCUCUCGGUGCUCGUCACAAUUGAGAUGUGCAACGCUCUGAACAGCUUGUCAGAGAACCAGUCCCUGCUGCGGAUGCCUCCCUGGGAAAACAUUUGGCUGCUGGGAGCCAUCUGUCUCUCCAUGUCUCUCCACUUCCUCAUCCUCUAUGUGGAGCCUCUGCCGGUCAUCUUCCAGAUCACUCCUUUGGACGUGACGCAGUGGAUGAUGGUGCUGAAGAUCUCCCUUCCCGUCAUCCUGCUGGACGAGCUGCUUAAGUUCAUGGCCAGGAACUACUUGGAACUUGGUAAACAGCAGGAGAAGCCGGCCAGCAGGGGCUGUUGCCUGUCCGCGUGUGUCACUGGCAUCUCCUGGCCCUUCGUAGCCGUAUCCCUGCCCCUGGUGCUGUGGAUCUACAGCACCGACACUAACAUGUCUGCCAUGCUGUGGCCCCGACUGACUCCAGUACACCACUCUCCCUAUGAAUCGGUGUGAAGUGGACAAUAACACCCACCCACCCACAAACAUGUAACACAGUUAUGUUAACUCUAAUUCCUAGACACUUAAUCCCAUUAUCAUCACUGUCAUCCUAUUAACAUUUUCACUUAAACUUAUGUGGGGUAAUGUUGGGGGGGCAUUCGUCAUAGUCUAAUGACUGAUCUGUAUUUUAUUUUAUUCUGGUGUCACCCUGCAGCCGUCCUUGAGCCUGCUGUGGGCAGUUGGACGUUAGAGCUGUGUGACAAUCUGUAGAGGAUUUACACUACUUUAUAUCAUCGUUUGUUUGUUUGUUUUUCUGAAGGGUGGGGGGUAUUAGAGGACAGUUAGAGAUUAUCCAUUGUAACGUUAUAAUGUGAGGACAAAGUCCUGACGCCUGCCCCAGUGUGAGUUACCUUUGAUGAUCAUACUCUGCAUUAGGCAGAGCACAGCUACCUCAGUGCUGUUAUGGUGACCAGGAGUAUAUUUUAGUCUGAACAUCUUCACUAACGUGUGGAGCGAAGCAAAGUGGUCCUUUCCUCUACUCGUUAUGGAGCUUCAGCCCUCUUACUGGAGGAAGCAGAAAAGUGUGUUACCGUGGAACUUCUGAGGUAUUUUAUAAACAUUCUGUUGUUAAAAGUACUUGAAGAAAACACUUAAUUUUCACCUUAAAUAUAAUAAUCUUUAUAAUGUAUAUAAAUGUGCGCAUAUUGUACUUGAAUAUGUAAAAAAGAAGCACCAGGGAGCUGUUAGUCUCAUCAGCUGAGCACAAGUGCUGAUUAUUCAGUUUGUAAAUCUGUACAUAACACAGAGCAGUGUGUGUGUAUACUUUAUUUGUUGAUAUCAGAAUACGUCGUGUAAUCGCUCUGGUUUACUUUAGUGUGCCGUUAAGUUUUUCUGCAUGCCUGCUUCUACCAAACCAGGCCGGUGGCUGUUAGAGGGUUUCAUGUUAAAAAGCUAACUGCUGUUUGCUCUCUAUGCCUUCCACCUGUUGAACACUUUAAACUGCAUGUAAACCACUGGUGUGCUCAUCUACAUGUUGUAAACACAGCUCUGAAACAUUUAUUUGUAUUUCUAACAGAUAGAAAAUAAAUGAAAUGAGGGGUACAGAAAGGAGUGAUCUGGUCUGGAUAGCCUGUCUAAUGGGCCAUUCCCAUCUGUACCGGGUCGGCCCGGGCCGGGUAGCGUAGGUUGUUUACAUAUCUGGGUGGCCUGGUAUUUUUCCGGGCCAACCAAGGCUCAUUCUCAGCCCUCUUCUCGAGGGGGUCUGCUUCAGGCCGACCAGGGCCAACACACCCACUGCUGACAGCAAAUUCACACCUUCCAUUAGAGCAAGCCUCUGAUUGGUGGGUAGAAUCAGCCCACAUGGGCUGAAGACAAGGAUGUGUGGAAACAACCGGGCCAGGCUGGGGCCGACUGGGGCUACCCGGCCCGGGCCGACUCGGUACAGAUGGGAAUGGCCCAUAAGGUGUCUGGUUUUUACAGACACCGGGAGUUUCGUGUUGCAGCUCGCCCGUAACACGACCUUCAGUGCUCUGCUUUGAUGUGAAUGAUUGUGAUGUUUUUAUUUAUAUGUGGUUCUGGUGUCCAUUCAUUCUUUCUCUUUUCCCUUGCAGCAAAGGCCAAGUAAGCUGUGCCGCCUCUAAAUGUCUUGCAGAAACUCUGGGUUUUGUUUUGUGGUGUGCGUGUGUGUUUAGGGCAGCACAUCUUUCUAACGAGAGCUGCAUGCUACGAUGUGAUAUGACGACAUGGGCCAAGUUCAUCCAUCGCUGUAGAGUGGCCAUUAACGAAUGUGAUGGAAACAAGUUGGUUCACCUUCAUGAGUCCUUCUGGCCUCCUGCAUGAGAUCUAACUAUUCUCACCACCACCACUCAGUGGAUGGUCAAAGAAUUACUCCAUGCUGCAUGUGACAGCACAGCCAGCUGUUUUAUCAGACUUCUCCAACAGUGUAUAGUUUUGGUAAAUGUCAGGUAGUAUAAAUGUCAGUACGCUUUAAAAACAGUUCAUUUUUCCUAAGGAAAUACUUUUUAUGGGAUAUUUAAAAAGCAAACUGUUAGCUUUAUUGUUUGGAGAAGACCACAUUUAUGAGAAGGUGGGAGUGCUGUGAUGCUCGUGUUUUACUGGAAGGAUGACAGGCAGUCCCUCCACUGGCCAAACUGCUGUACUGUAUUUUCAGAUAAUUGUACUAUGUAUGACAUGAACUGUUUUAGGUCAAUAAAACUGUCAUGAGGAACUCA